AUUGUGCUAAUUAAUUAGUCAUUUAUCAGGUAAUUAUGGCACUCACUUUCUAGUUAUAGCUUCCUAAAUGCAAUGUGUGUUUGCCUUUCCCUUUUUAUAUCAAACUGAUUUGAAAUAUCUGGCCUUUUUACAGACAAAACAUGCAUUCACAAUGAUUUUUAACAUUUUUAGACCAAUAAUAGAUCGAAAAUAACACAUUACUAAUUUCUAAUUACAUGAAGGAUGAUUACCACAUUUUUAAGUUAGUGGUUCCUAAACUCUCUGGCUUUGUUACCCCUAAAAACAAAGCUAUGUCUACUUGUGUUUGAAUGAUUUUCAAAUAUAACAGUUUGCUAUACUUAAUAUUAAAAUUAAGCUUUGCUAAUAGCAGCGGGACGUUACACAGCCCUUUCACUUAAAUGUUGUAGCUACUGACAAAGUAUCCAGUAUACUGAAACCUUUGCUAAAACUUAGAAAAUUAGUUGUCAAAUAAUUAGUUAGCUAAUAACUAUUAAGGUAAUCAGUUAGUCAUUCAUUAGGUAAAAAUUAUUAUUAUUAUUACAAUUAAACCAUCCUAAGUGCAAUAUUUGUUUGCUUUCCCAGUUUUAUAUUAGACUGAAAUUAAAUUUCUGGCUUUUUGAUAGGCAAAACAACUAUGGACUUUGCACAACUAUGACAUUUCUAUACCAAUAAUGAACAGAUGAAUCAAUCAAAAAUAACAAAUUCAUGAUUACUAAUCACAUGUAGGAUAAUAAGUCUAUUUCUAGGUUAGUGGUUCCUAAACAUCUUGGCUUGUGAUCCCAUAAAAACAAAACAAAAAAAAACAAAACUGUAUCUACUUGCGUUUGAGGUCAACCAACCAGUGAUUUGAUUUCUUAUUUUGAAUGAAUUAAGUUGGUUCUUAAGAUGUAAAAUCAACCAGUAUUUUACAAAAAUGGCAAAGAUUAAAAAAAAGUCUGAAAUAAUAAACAUAACUUUGUAUGGCAGAAAUAUGUUUUUUGUUGUUGUUGUUUUGUUUGUUUGUUUAACUUCAUUUAACCAGAAACUCUUUUUAGAUACAUUUGUCUUUAUUUUUAUUUUUUCUCUGGAGGUACAUCAUCUCUUUGACAAGGGGACACCUGGCCUCAAUGACAGCGUAAAAUAGGCGUCAUAUAGUUGCAUAAAACACAUAUAAUUAAUUUACGGUCAUAUCAAACACCACAAAACUGAACCAGAGUGACACAAGAAAGAUAAAACUUUAUUAUUUUACAUCUCUCAACUAUAUUGUGGUCCCUUAUGGGGUAAACACUGCUUCUAGGUCACUUCUGUGUUUCAUAUUUUAAUCUUUUAUAUUUUGGGAGGGGAGUUAUAGCUAAGUAAUGCCAUCAGGAGGAAGUAAAAUAAGUGAGAUAGAGUCAUAUUUGAGCUUUUUACAAUUUAUUAUCACUUCAGAUUGGUGAAAACUAUUUGAGGUGUCAAAAAGAAAGAGUAAAAUAACUGCCUACUGACAGAAAUAAAUAACAGACAAUCAUAAAUAAGUUUUUAAAAAACACUCAAGUGGACAUUAUAACGUGCUUUUUGGGGAAGGGGCUUUUUUUUCAGCUUUUCCUCAACACUUAUCGAGCUGAACCUGUAACAGCAGACCUGAAUAUCAGGUAAGUUUUCAUAAGAAAGAGUUUUGGUCCAGUAAAAACACCUGACCACACAUGCGCACACAAUCCUGGACUCCCAAAAAAAGCACCCUGAUCAAAACAUUUCCAAAAACAGAUGCUGGCCUUCCUCCCGCCACCUGUGUUUACCUUUGCACUUUGCCAUCUUCCUAUAUAAAGCCUAGUCUAGUCGCAUCAAGUCAUUAGCUCAAUAAUCCACUUGUAGCUUGGUGCCUUGAUUAUGUGAUCUAAAGUCUAAACCGGCUUCUGCUCAGUCCGAGGGAGCGGCACAGCGGGGAUAGCUGCACAAAUGAGGCCUCUGUGGUGAGUUACUGGGUUCGUUUCGGUGCUGCUGUCAUUCAUCUACCGACAAUGACCGAUCUGAUUGACACCCUGCAGUUCUUGACCUGAUCCUGGUGGACUUUGUGGAGGAUGAAACAGAGCAAAUGUCUGCCUAAAUAUUCACUGAAACAGAGAACUGACAGCCAGACAACUUGGGAAGAGGUGACUGGACAGAGAAGGUGAUCACGAACAGUCAUGGGAUGUGGCGUCACAAAGUCCAACCAGUUCCACAAACACUCCAAAAAAGCCGUCACAUCUAUAAAGGCUGCUGUACUGAUUCAGCAAUGGUACCGGCAGUAUGUAGCCCGCACAGAGAUGAGACGCAGGUACACCUGGCACAUCUUCCAGUCCAUCGAAUACUCUGGAGAACAGGCUCAGAUCAAGCUUUAUAAUUUCCUCGGCUACCUCAUGGAUAAUUUCACACCAUCGAGCAAUGAACGAAAUUUGAUCUCGCACAUCUUCAGAGAGAACGAGGUGUGUCGGGACACCGAGUGGGAGAGGUACUUCAGCUUCGACAACAUCGACGUGCCGGAGAUCUACUCAGGACCUCACCUCACCUUCCCUCUGACGGUGGAGCAGGCAGUCGGUCUGGUGGAGGCGUUCAGGAACAAGAAACAGCUGCACUCGCGUUACGUCCUCCAGCUCCUCCUGGAGACGUGGAAACUGCUCCGGAUGUUCCCAAAUAUCAGUCGUAUCUCCACUUGCCAAAGCAAAGAAAUCACUAUUUGUGGUGAUUUACACGGCCAGCUGGAAGACCUGCUGCUGAUUUUCUAUAAGAAUGGCAUGCCGUCCAUGGAGAAGCCCUACGUGUUUAACGGAGACUUUGUGGAUCGAGGCAGAGACUCCAUCGAGAUCCUCCUCAUUCUGUUUGCCUUCCUGCUGGUCUAUCCUACCGAAGUCCACCUCAAUCGAGGAAACCACGAGGACCAUAUCAUCAAUUUGAGGUACGGCUUCACUAAAGAAGUUUUGUCUAAAUACAAGAUGCAUGGAAAACGGAUCCUGAAGCUGCUGCAGAAGAUAUUCAGCUGGUUGCCCUUAGCGACGGUGAUCGAUCAGAAAGUGCUGGUCCUCCACGGAGGGAUCUCCAACACCACGGACCUCAGCAUCCUCGCCAGAGUGGACAGACACAAUUACGUCUCAGCACUGAGGCCUCCAAAGAAGAGACACCGGAGCUCAGCUGGGAUGUCCAUCGACUCCGACAUGGAAGAAGACUGGACCAGCAAACUCUGCCAGCGCCGGGCCUCCCUCACGUGUCCCAAACCUUUGGGCACCCGCAGCAGCUUCCAGAACCGCUCGCUGCAGGAUUUCUCUGACCGGAUCAAAGGGAGCGUGGAUGACGAGGAGAUCCGCCAGCGGAGAGCAUCCAUCUUCAUCGAAAACAAUGAGACCCAAUCCAUGCCCACUGAGUCCGUCAACAGUGACAACGCCGAGGAGGAGUGGAGGCAGAUCCUGGACCUGCUGUGGAGCGACCCCAUGUCCCAGGAUGGCUGCAUUCCCAACGAGCUGAGGGGCGGAGGCUGCUACUGGGGCCCCGACGUCACCGAGGACUUCCUGAACAGACACAACCUGCAGCUCAUCAUCCGCUCCCACGAGUGUAAACAGGACGGUUACGAGUUCUGCCACAACCGUAAGAUCCUCACUCUCUUCUCUGCCUCCAAUUACUACGACGUGGGAAGCAACAGGGGGGCCUACGUCAAGCUGGGUCCGGACCUUGUGCCUUAUUUGGUUCAGUACCAGGCCAGCAGCAUGAUCAGAGAGCUUACCGUGAGACAAAGCGUGGGACGAACCGAGCGCUCGGCCCUCAAAGUCCUGAGGGAGCAGCUGUUUUCACACAAGUCUGACCUCAUCUGUGCCUUCAAAAAGUUUGACGGAGAGAACACAGGUCUGGUGUCUCUGAACGACUGGGCCUCUGCAGUGGAGAGUGUGAUGCGCCUCAGUUUGCCCUGGAGGAUGCUUCGUAGUCAGCUGGUCACCUGCAGGACCAGCGAAGGCAUGAUAAACUACCACGAGUGGUUCAACGAGCUCGCCAUCAAAGGACCCAAUACGGAUCAUAUUGACCAGAGUCUGAUUGAGACUUUGUACCGUCACCGCUCCACAUUGGAGACCAUCUUCAGGAUCGUAGACACAGACAACUCAGGCUUCAUCACCAUGGAGGACUUCCGGCAGACAUGGAAGCUGCUGAGCGUCUACCUAAAGAUGGAGAUCACGGACGAGGCCAUCUCCGACCUUGCAGUCACCAUCGACAGCAACCAGGACGGCAGCAUCGACAUCGAGGAGUUCAUGGAGGCCUUCCGCCUCACGGACAAGAAGAGCCGCCUGGAGCGAGGACGCAGCAUGUUCAUGGGGACGGCCCCCGACCUCACCAAGCUGGAGGGAGACCCCAACAUUUGAGCAGAGAGAGAGAGAGAGAGAGAGAGAGAGAGAAAAGACUGAACACAGAGAGCAACCUCCUUCUUCUCGCCAGGUAGCCAGGCGGCGAAGGAGAGGGUGGGGAAGUGGAGCCGACGCAAGCUGCUUUAAUGACGCACACUAAGACGUAGGAUGCUGCUGAGCAACAGCCGUGUGGAUCACAUGGGAUUAGGAAGAGGUCAGAGUUCAGGGUGUUUGACAGCAAAUGCUUGUUUCAUAUUUUGAAGCGGUUUUAUUCACUGAGGAAGUGUCUGUGAAGCACAACUGAACACCAUGAAGAAUAUAUUUCUCUCUUGUCAAGUUAGAAUAGUGAUAAACUUUGCAAAAAAAAAUUCACAAACACCGAAAUAAAAAGGCAUCAUUAGUAGAAUAAUAAUUCUAGAUACUUUGAUUACAGUUAUUUUGAGGAUUUUUUCAUUUUAUAUCCAUAUCUUUCAUUAUUUUUAACAAGAAAAGACUUUAUAGAUGAAAAGAGUAACUUCUGCACACUGACUCUAAACCACAGAUCACCUGUAGACAUGUUUUAAGACGUAUAAAUAUACUUUUGUACUUUAUAAAUUUGUGUCUGAUAAGGUUUUUCCACAAAAAAGUUCAGUUGUUCGCUAAAAAUUCUUAAAAAUGACAUCUGUUUCUUCUUCCUCAUUGAAAAAAUACAAGUUAUAAUAGUGAAAACAGCCGCCUAGAGUCAAACUGCACAUAGAUCAUUCUGCACAGUGAAGCUCAAACAUCAAAGUAACAAUAAGCAUAACUCAUUUUUAAAUGGAUGUUAUGAUCGCAGUCGGAUCUUAUGAGAUCAAAAUGUUUAAAAAUGGCUACCAUCUCGCACAAAGUGAAAAACAUCUCAAAAUAUUGAACAAUUCAAGAAGUAAACAAUUAAAACUCACCAGGAGUACAAAGACAAUAAUCACGAAUCACAAAUAUAUCAAAAAUACUUACAUGAAAAUAAACAUUAAAAAUAUUGCACAUGACAAAAAAACAUUAAAGACAGAUUUAACCAGAAAAAUUAACACACACUAAUAAACAUGUAUGUUAUCGCUAAGACUGUGGACUGACAGGAAGCUAUAACAGAAAUAAACCCAUAUAUAGAGCUGCAACAAUUAAUCAAUUUGACAAUCGACAGAAAAUUAAUCACCAACUGUUUUGAUAAUCAGUUAAUCUUUCUUUAGUUCUCUGACUCUGUAUCAGGGAGGACUCUGGACCUCUAUGAGAUGCAUGACUGUCGGUUUACGUUGUACAUUCAGUUUUUUAAAGCUCUCUGUGAGUCAGCGUGCAGACGUCACUCUUUCCACUGAUGCUGAUUUCCAGUAGCCUUGCAUCGACAUGCGACGUACGAAUACUGUAACUACACUCCUUCUAAAGAUUUUAUAGAUACUAGAAACUAAUACGUAAAUUACACAACAUGUAAUUGUGCAGCUCUACUGUACAUUGUAUGCACAAAUCGCAAAUUAAAAGUUGCCAGUGCCUUAGCAGUAGGAGCAUUUUUAACUUCCAGUGAUGAAGUUAAGUCUAGUAUGCACAGUGUGUCAACUGCCAACAAAGUACCGGGGUCCCUGCUCGUCUCAGUCGGGAUGUGAACUCAUACAUAUUUAUUUGACCUCUAGGACGUAUGAUGUAUCUUCAAAUUGUUGCUUUUAAAGCCAAGAUCAGUUCCUUUUCAGUUAAAUCUGCUCAGUUUUAAUUUUAAAUAAUGUAUUAUUUAACCACAAGAGACAUUUAAAAAAAAAAAAUCAUUAAAUGUAAAUUUGUAUGUAUGGUUUGUUGGUUUUUUAGCUUGAUGACCAUGUAAAACGUUUACUGUAAAUACAUCACAAAGUUACAUUUGUAGUAUUUAUUUGUGUGUGUGUGUGUGUGUAUGUGUGUGUGUGUGUGUGUGUGUGUGUGUUUGAGAUUAGGGAUGUUUAUGAAUUGCAAUUUAAAGAACCAUCACUGAUCCAGAUGUGGUUGUAUUGAGGAGGAAAACACUCAAUAUACAGUA